AUGGCAACUUCGGAAGCAUCAACCACAGUAUCGAAUGCAACAACGGAAGAUAAAGUGGAUAAAGAACAGGUUUAUCAGUGGAUUAUCGACUUGGGUGAUCCGAAGAAGCGUGAACAGUCACUGUUGGAAUUGAGGUUGUCACUUUUACAUGCUUUUUAA